CCCACCCUCUGGGGCAGACACACCUCCACCGUCUUCCACCUGUUCAGAAACAGUUCCCAGCGAGGGCCACCAGGCUGUGGCUGGACCAGGAUGAGCAUGGAGAGGCCCCCCUGCCAGAGGACAGAGCCCCUGGGCAGCCUCCCAGUGCAGGUGAAUUCUGGGAGUUCAGAGCCUGGGAAGCAGGACCUGACUGAGGCGGGAGCAGAGCAGGAACUCAAGUGGAUUGAGCUGAGCUCUGAGGAGGCCCCGGGAGCCGGGGCAGAGGGGCCAGGUGCCCCACAGGCCUGGGGGUGUCUGCUGCAGGCCGUGUGGAGUGGUCACACAGGCCUCACAACACAGCUGCUCCGGCAGGGGGCCAGUGUGGAGGAGAGGGACAGCUCCGGAAGGACCCCUCUCCAUCUUGCCGUGCUGCGCGGCCACGUGCCCUUAGUGCGGCUCUUGCUGCAGCGCGGGGCGCCGGUGGGAGCCACGGACCACGCGGGGCGCACGCCGCUGCACGAGGCCUCCUGGCAUGGACACUCUCACGUGGCCGAGCUGCUGCUGCGUCGCGGAGCCCCGACGGCGGCGCGCUCCGGGGCGGGCCUCAUGCCACUGCACUGUGCGGCUGCGCUGGGGCGCACGCUGCUGGCUGGGCUCCUGUUGGCUGCGCCAGGCCCCGGUCCCGAGGCGGCGGACGCACGCGGCUGGACGGCGGCGCACUGGGCUGCCGCGGGUGGCUGGCUGCCGGUACUCGAGCUGCUGGCGGCAGGGAGCGGCGCCGGCCUGGAUGGCGCCCUGCUGGUGGCAGCCGCGGCGGGGCACACGGCGGCGCUGCGCCUGCUCCUGGACUGCGGCGCGCGGGUGGACGCCCGGGAUGGCUCGGGAGCCACCGCGCUCAGCGUCGCCGCCGAUUUGGGGCACCAGCAGGACGUGGAGGUGCUGCUUGACCACGGGGCGGACCCGCGCCUCCGAGACAGGCACGGACGCGCUGCACUCCACAGGGCGGCCGCCAGGGGGCACCUGCCUGCCGUCCAGCUGCUGGCAGCCCGGGGAGCGGAGGUGGAUGCUCAAGAUUCCUUGGGCCUCACCCCUCUGCACCAUGCUGCUCGGGGAGGCCACGCAGAAGUCGCCAGCCACCUCCUGGACAGCGGUGCACAGGUCAACGCUACUGGCUGGCUCCACAGGACACCCCUGCACCUCGCUGUGGAGCGUGGUCAUGGCCCCACCGCAGAGCUGUUGCUGAGCCGGGGUGCCAACCCCACCGUAAGCACACUGUGGGGUGAGGUGGCCCAAGACCUGGUGUCCAAGGGGGACCUGGCCCAGGCCUGGCCCACCCUUGGCAGGGAGCAGAAUGACUGCUAGGGCCAUACAGCCCCAUGGGCCUGAGCCUGCCUGGUCAGCACUGGACGGAAAGCUCCCCAGUCCCACAGCCCUGGUCCUGUACCAGGUUCUGCCCUUCUAGGCUGAGGCCACGGACGGUGUGGCUCAGAGAAUGGCCCAGCUGAGAGGUUCCUGCAGGAAAAGGGGAGGACAGUGGCUCGAGCCCCAGGAAUGGGUCCAUGGCCUGGCUUGGGACGGCAGUGCAUCACCUGUGCAGCUCUGGCCUUCCCCACAAUCUUCGGCAGAGAAACUGUCCUGGCCUUGUAUUUGACCAAGACCUGAUGGUCUCGCUUUGUCUGUCCACCACGGAGGUGGGGGGGUCGCCUUCAGCUGCUUUCUCUGUACGUGCGGGAGUUCUGUGUUUUCUUAGAUUUGAUAUUUGUUUACUUGUACCCAUUUACUACAGAGCUGAACCCUGGGGCCACAGUUGUCUACAGCUCCCCUGUGACCCAGGGCUCACACGCCCUGCUGAUAGUGCCUGCCCUAAAUUCCCAGGGCCAGGUGCCACAGGCCAGACAGCCGGCCGCUGCAGGGAGGCCUCCGGCAUUAUCCAACCAGCCAGUCCCAAACGGUUCCCCUGCCCUGCCCGGCCCCAGGGAGCUCCAGGAACUGUACUAACUAGAGCUUUUCACCACUCCUGCCUCCUCGCUGACACUUGUCCCUCUGCGGCCCAGCAGGGCCUGGUGUGUGCCCUCCUCUUGGGAAAUGUAAGAAAAUCUGUUUUCCAUGGCUUGUAGUUCCCUGUUGUCGCUUAGCCAAUCCCCAAGAUGAAAGCCCCAGUACAGCUGAAACAGACAGUUGUUAUCCUGGCUGCUGUGUGCGGCUCAGUGGAUUGAGUACCAGCCUCUGAACCCAGAGGUCGCUGGUUCAAUUCCCAGUCAGGGCAUGUGCCUGGGUUUCCAGCCAGGUCUCCAGUUGGGGGAGCUCGGGAGGCAACCAAGCACAUCAUUUCUCUCCCGCU